AAGACGAUUUCUACCUAAUUUUUAUUCAUAUUGAAAUAAUAAUAAUAAUUAUAAUAAUGAUACAAAUUAACAUUUAAUAAAACAUCAACGUUGUAUGCUAUAAUUAACUGUGGUUUUAUUUCCGGAGUGUUGUUGGUGUUAUAUGUGGCGGAAAAUACAUUGCUUUACCCCUAACAACAUGCUAAUGAAUAUAUGUAGAUAACUUUUAUUAACCAUCGAAAUCACGCUCCGCAAACUGGAAGUGUCACACUGACGGAGAAAAAGGAGAGCUUACGAAGAGUGAAUAUAAAGGUGCAGCGAUAAUCUAUGGUCAUCCAAAUGUAGAUUAGAACCAAGCAGUUUAACCAUUUGCUGAUAAUUUAGAGAGUCGUAAAAUAAGUAAGUGGCAGUUCGACAAUCGAUUAAUCGUUAUAAAUGUAUUAUGUUUAACCAAUGUCAAUAUCACAUAGACCAGUUUAGGUCCUUUGCGAUACCACAUGGAGUGCCGUCACGUAGUUAAUGAGGAGUAGUCAUCCUUAGGGUGCCUGCGUUUGACGCGAAUUUUAAAAGGAUGUUGUUUCAUUAACGAUAUCUCUUCCUGAUUAUCGUACUGUGAAGCCCCCAAAUACUGAAGCCGUUGUCUGGAUAAUGCAGGACAAGCACACAAGAGAUACUCCAUUGUUUCUCUGGUACCUUGCUCUUGACACAAGAAUGAUAGAAGACAAGAUUACGACAUGGUAACGCGCUCACGACCCCCGAAUGGGAAUAGACAAAAGAAUAAUUGUCAAAUAGAAAACGGAAAUGUAAAACAUAGUGAUGAUUCUUAAAAACGUCAUCUAUAAAAUUAUCCAAUAUAAUAACGCAUAUUGCCAACUUUUUUGUUAGUUGAGUGAAAAAAAGUGAAAAAAAACUCUUUAUAUACGACUUUUUUGUACUAUUGUUGUUUAAUUCCGCCAUUGCGGACUUUUUUUCAAGUUAAUACAUUUUUCACUUACAAUUUUAAAUAAUAAUUAAGCACUAGCCUUGACUUCAGCUCUUUGUUUUGGUUUUAUUGUUUUGUACUACCGUGCAAUUUGUCAGCUUUUCUUUUGUUUUUUGUUUGCUAGCCUGUUUGGGGGUCGUGAGUGCGUCACUCAACAGGAAAUUAAAAGCUAAAAAAGCUAACUGCAAACGGAUGGCAUAAUCUUGUCUUCUAUCAUUCUUGCUCUUGACAUUUCCUGCAGUCUUCGUGAUCUAUCAGCCCCAUCUUGUAGGCGUGCGCCGACACCAAACUGUGAUCAGUGAGUAUGUCGACCAUGUUCCUACAUUUCCUUCAAUCGAGCGUCAGUAAGAACUUCGUGUAUUUCCGAUUUACCGCUUUACACAAAACUUUUGCGGUUUUGCAUUCCGGUAGAUCCUUCCAGCGCGCUUUGAAUUUUCUUAACAAGUUCCUUAAUAUAGGCAUGACAAGGAUUUCGAUCACGCUUUCAGAUGACAGUUUUACGCCUUUCUUGGGAAUCUCGUCCACUCACGUUAUCCUCGAUGCCCCUGUGGUUUGGCACCCCACAGAAUUGGAGUCGUUCAUUUCUGGCGACAUCCUCCACUGCUGCCCUGCUACACAAGACGCUUUUGGCCGAUAAGCAGAAAGAGGAUAUUGCCUUAAAUGCCGCCUGACUGUCUAGGUAUGUAUAUGCUGAAUUUAGAGUAACCUGGAGGUGCAUUUAAGGAUAGUUCAGCGGCUUUUCCAACUGCAAACACCUCCGCUUGAAAUAUACUGCAGAGAUCCGGUAGUUUGAAAGGCUGUCUUUCACCAAACUCCGAACAGUAUAUCUCAUCAUAUCAUCGAUUUAGUAAACAAACAUAUAAUGAGGAUAAUAAUCGUUCAUUAAGACAGUGCGUGCUCACACAUUGAUAAAUGGAUUUUUAAAUAGAUGAUGGAUCAUACCCCCCAUUAUCUUGCUUUGACUAAGGUAUUCAUCUUUUUUGUCCUGUUGAUACUUGGUUAAAAACUUUCAAAGCUAGAAGGUCAGAAUUCGCUUAUCACUUGCUAACAAAAUUGUCUCUAUUUUAUAUUAUAUUUGAUAUCAGUAUAUUUAAAAUUAAUAAUUUCAAGGCAAUAAAAGUCCGGAGAAUACCAAUAGUUUUUGAUCCUUUAGUUUCUCAAUCAUAAUAACCUCAUGAUAGUUUGGUAGUGUCAUCAGGAACAGCCGGUUGUUUAAAAUACAUAUGUAUGUAUGUAUUUCAUAUUACCCGCCUUGAGUUCUGUUAUGGACACUUUACGGCAUGAAAAGUGGUGAGUUACCAAGGAAACCCAAUAGGAGUGUAAACAAACAACCCGUAUAGCCGGUGCAAUUGUAUAAUUUUAAAUGAUUUGCAGUAUAAUAUGGAAAGACUGGGUUCAAAAUUAUAUUUUCCAAAAAUAAAGUUAGUCAAAUAUUAAUAUAAAUUAUAAAUAAAUAUCAAAUUUUAGAAUAAUGUUGCAUCAAGGCAUAAUUUUAAGAGAAGGUCAUAUAACACGGACCAUCUACAAUUUGAUAAAAGACAAGCGCUACGAUGAUGUGAUCGAAUGCAUGGUGAGUUUCGGCGAGGCGGCCAACACCAGAGCCGGCCUUUCCACGUUGGGGUAUUGUUACUAUCACGCGCAGAAAUAUGAAGAGGCCGCGACUUGUUAUGAGCAAUUGUGCACGCUGGUGCCGAACGAAGCGAAAUAUAAAUUUUACUAUGCGCAAUCCCUCUACCAAGCGGGUAUUUUCGUUGAUGCAUUGCGCGCUUUAAAGCAAAUUAGCGAACAUGAAGCACUACGGGAGCCCUGUCUCCAAUUACAAAGCGCCAUACUCUACUCAAGUGAGGACUUUGCGGGCGCGCAGAGCGUAUUGAAUCAACGUGCCGCCGGCAAUGCGGAAACCCUCAAUGAUGAAGGCUGUCUGCUCUUUCAUGCCGAUCAAUACGAGAAGGCGGUGCAGCGUUUCUCGAACGCUUUAAAAGUGGGCGGUUUUAAUCCGCUAGUGGCAUACAAUUUGGCAUUGUCACAUUUUCACAAGAAGGAAAAAACACAAGCUGUGGAAUACACUACGGAGAUUGUGGACCGCGGCAUACGUAAUCAUCCGGAGUUGGGCAUUGGCGCGCAAAUCGAUACCGAUGGCAGUGCGCGCAGUGUCGGCAAUCCAAUUACGAUGGCUAUGUCCGGCAUAACACAGGCGUUGAACUUGAAAGCGGCCAUCGAGUAUCAGGACGGCAAUUUGGAUGCCGCACACGAUUCGCUGUUGGAUUUGCCGCCACGCUCCGAGAGUGAAUUGGAUCCGGUUACAUUACACAAUAUGGCUUUGACCGAUCCCAAAGGUCCGGUAGCCGGUUUGCGCAAAUUGGCGUUUCUUUUGCAGCUUGGGCCGCCAGCAUGUCCGAAGGAGACUUUCGCAAAUAUCUUAUUGAUUUGUUGUAAGCAUGAGAUGUACGAAAUGGCCGCAGAUAUACUGGCAGAGCAUACGGAUCUAACCUAUAAAUAUUUGUCACAGUAUCUCUACGAGCUGCUCGACGCUUUAAUAACCGCACAAACUUCUUCGGAAUUGGCAGAGAAAAAGUUAGGUGUCUUAGCUUCAAGCUUAGCGGGCAAGCUACGCAGUCUGGCUGCCAAAGUGCAAGAGAUGCGUGGCACCACCGAUCAACUGGCGCUACGUAGUGCGCUGCAGGACUAUGAGAAUGCUUUGGAACUCUACAUGCCGGUUGUGUUGGCACGCGCAUGGAUUUACUGGCGAGAUGACGACUUUGUUGGCGCCGAGCGUGAGUUCCGCGCCAGUGCUGAAUUCUGUUCGGAGAACUCCGUUUGGCGUCUCAAUGCCGGUCACGUGCUCUUCAUGCAAGGCGACAAGUACAAAGAGUCUGCCGCAUUCUAUGAGCCCAUCGUGCGACAGCACAAUGAUGACAUAAUGUCCGUGCCCGCGGCGGUUUUAGCCAAUCUAUGCGUCUCGUACAUUAUGACCUUUCAAAAUGAGGAAGCUGAGGAGUUGAUGCGCAAAGUGGAGAAAGCCGAAGAGCUAAAGGGCAACAUGGGUAAACAGUAUCAUCACUUGUGUAUAGUUAAUCUGGUUGUAGGCACCCUGUAUUGCGCAAAAUCCAACUACGAAUUUGGUUUAUCGCGCAUUGCGCACGCUUUGGAUGGCGGCAAUGGCGCCCGUCUCUAUGCGGACACUUGGCUGCAUGUGAAGCGUUGUGUGUUGGGUCUACUCACGGGUAUGGCGAAGCAGAAUAUUAUUCUACCAUAUCCGGCGGUGCAAGAGGUGCUGAAUUUCUUGAAAUCGUGUGAAGUUUACGGGCUCUUCACGCCCGCCAACAUUUAUACCGCUACUGACGAGGUGCCGGCCGAACCUUUGACCAUUGGCUUGGAAGCAAGAAAACUGCGUCUGCUGCUGAUUAAACUCAGCGAGUAUGAACAGUGAAUCGAAAUGUGUAAUUAACAAAGCUUCUUUGUUUAUAUUUAUUUCUACAAGAACGUUUAUUUAUUUGUAUAUAUGUAUGUUCUCAUAUAAUGUAUAUGUAUGUGUAUAAUUUAACGAUUACAUUACAAAAUAUAUCAACUUAAAAGAU